AUUCUAUUGGUGUGAGCUCCGAAGCCAAAUCCUUCUCCACAUCCCGAGCACACAAAGUUGUUCUCAGAUUCCCCUGCUUCAUUCCAAAGGAGUAGCAUGGAGGCCUCCCGAAUGGAACAUAUAUCCUCCCCGGAAAGACUUCCCGCGUCCCACUCCUCCACCUUAACCUCUAAGGUGAGAGUUGUUUUGAGAGUUCGCCCCUUCCUUUCACAAGAAGCCUCGUCCAGAAAUGGGAACCCAGUUUCUUGUGUUGCAUCUGUCCUUCAUCCUGAUCCUGAAACUUCAGACGAAGUCACUGUUCAUCUCAAAGAUCAUGAAUCUAGGUACUUGGUGUUGGUUUUUGGGUACAAGUGUACCACACACUGUUAAUUUCUGUAAACUUUUAAAUUUGGAGGGCCUGACCCCUGUGGAAUGUCGAACUAGCAUCGUAGACCCUGUAAUAACACAAAUGAGUUUGAGAGACCCUGUGAAAUUUUUUAAGAAGCACAUUCACUCCAAUGAUUAAAAAAAGGCUAUUGUGAGAUGUGAAAUGAUAAAAGUGCCAUCAUCAAAUUAUACACCCAAAUUAAAGUUUCAUCUUAGUUUUUGGACGAAAUCUUAGUUUGGAUGUAAUUUAUGUAGAGAAAUGAAAUACUUGUAACAUG